GAUGCUGUUGUGUCUUGAAUAUUUCGAUGGUUGAACUUACUGAAGGCAGAACAAAAUUCACCCUUUAACUGGUCUUUGCUUUGUCUCUAAACACCAUGUCUUACAACUACGUGGUUACCGCACAGAAACCCACGGCCGUGAAUGCCUGCAUUACUGGGCAUUUCACGUCCGCUGAGGAUUUGAAUUUGCUGAUUGCCAAGAACACGCGGCUGGAGAUCUAUGUGGUGACUGCAGAAGGACUGCGGCCCGUAAAGGAAGUGGGCAUGUACGGCAAGAUCGCUGUCAUGGAGCUCUUCAGGCCAAAGGGCGAGAGUAAGGAUCUGCUGUUUAUCCUGACGGCCAAGUACAACGCCUGCAUCCUGGAGUACAAGCAGACUGGAGAGAGCAUUGACAUCAUCACCAGGGCCCACGGCAAUGUCCAGGAUCGCAUCGGACGGCCUUCAGAGACGGGCAUCAUCGGUAUCGUGGACCCGGAGUGUCGCAUGAUCGGCUUGCGGCUCUAUGAUGGACUGUUCAAGGUCAUCCCCCUAGACCGGGAGAACCGCGAACUGAAAGCCUUCAACAUACGGCUGGAGGAGCUGCAGGUCAUCGACGUGCACUUCCUGUACGGCUGUCAGGUCCCCACUGUCUGUUUCAUCUACCAGGACCCCCAGGGACGUCACGUGAAGACUUAUGAGGUGUCGCUGCGGGAAAAGGAGUUCAACAAAGGGCCCUGGAAGCAGGAGAAUGUGGAGGCUGAAGCCUCUAUGGUCAUUCCAGUCCCAGAGCCAUUUGGAGGCGCGAUAAUCAUCGGCCAAGAGUCCAUCACCUACCACAAUGGAGACAAAUACCUGGCCAUAGCUCCUCCCACCAUCAAGCAAAGCACUAUUGUGUGUCACAACCGUGUGGACCCCAAUGGCUCCCGAUACCUCCUGGGAGACAUGGAGGGCCGACUCUUCAUGCUGCUGCUGGAGAAGGAGGAGCUGAUGGAUGGGGCGGUGGUACUGAAGGACCUGCGGGUGGAGCUACUGGGAGAGACUUCCAUUGCCGAAUGCCUCACAUACUUGGACAAUGGAGUGGUUUUCGUUGGCUCUCGUCUUGGGGACUCCCAGCUUGUGAAGCUGAACGUGGACAGUAACGAUCAAGGCUCCUACGUGGCGGUGAUGGAGACCUUUACGAAUCUGGGGCCCAUCGUGGACAUGUGUGUGGUGGAUCUUGAGAGACAGGGCCAGGGACAGUUGGUCACAUGCUCUGGGGCGUUCAAGGAGGGAUCUCUGAGGAUCAUCCGCAACGGCAUCGGGAUCCACGAGCACGCCAGCAUCGACUUGCCAGGGAUCAAGGGGUUGUGGCCGCUGCGCUCCGUCGCUGGCCGGGAGACAGAUGACAUGCUGGUGCUCUCCUUUGUCGGCCAGACCAGGGUCCUGAUGUUGAGUGGGGAGGAAGUGGAGGAGACCGAGCUUCCUGGGUUUGUGGACAACCAGCAGACCUUCUACUGUGGGAACGUGGCUCACCAGCAGCUCAUCCAGAUCACAUCGGGCUCAGUGAGGCUGGUGCUACAGAACACCAAGGCUCUGGUAAGCGAGUGGAAGGAACCACAGGGCAGGAACAUCAGCGUGGCUGCCUGCAACUCCACCCAGGUGGUCCUGGCCGUGGGCCGCGUGCUCUACUACCUGGAGAUCCACUCUGGAGAGCUCAAGCAGAUCAGCUCCACGGAGAUGGAGCACGAGGUAGCCUGCCUGGAUAUCACGCCCCUGGGGGAGGGAGCGGACUCGCCCCUCUGUGCCGUGGGGCUCUGGACCGACAUCUCGGCCCGUAUUCUCAAGCUACCCAACUUCACGACCCUGCACAAGGAGAUGCUGGGUGGAGAGAUCAUCCCUCGCUCCAUCCUGCUGACCACGUUUGAGGGCUGCCACUACCUGCUGUGCGCACUGGGCGAUGGAGCGCUCUUCUACUUCGGCCUGGAUCUCCAGACAGGUGUCCUCAGCGAGCGUAAGAAGGUGACCCUCGGCACGCAGCCCACCGUCCUGCGUACCUUCCGAUCCCUCUCCACCUCCAACGUGUUUGCCUGCUCCGACCGGCCCACUGUCAUUUACUCCAGCAACCACAAACUGGUCUUCUCCAAUGUCAACCUCAAGGAGGUCAAUUACAUGUGUCCCCUCAACUCUGAGGGCUACCCUGACAGCCUGGCGCUUGCCAAUAACAGCACAUUGACCAUCGGCACCAUCGAUGAGAUCCAGAAGCUGCACAUCCGCACCGUGCCCCUUUACGAAUCCCCCAGGAGGAUCUGCUACCAGGAGGUGUCCCAGUGUUUCGGAGUGCUGUCCAGCAGGGUUGAGAUGCAGGAUGCCAGUGGGGCCACCUCUCCCGUCCGGCCCAGUGCCAGCACCCAGGCACUGUCCAGCAGCGUCAGCUCCAGCAAGCUCUUCCCCAGCAGCACCUCCCCCCAUGAGACCUCCUUCGGGGAGGAGGUGGAGGUGCACAGCCUGCUGGUGGUGGACCAGCACACAUUUGAGGUCCUCCAUGCCCACCAGUUCCUACAGAGUGAAUAUGCCCUGAGCAUGGUGUCCUGUCGCUUGGGCAAAGACCCUGCUGUCUACUUUGUCGUCGGCACGGCGAUGGUGUACCCUGAGGAGGCGGAGCCUAAGCAGGGACGCAUAAUUGUGUUCCACUACACUGAUGGGAAGCUGCAAACGGUGGCCGAGAAGGAAGUAAAGGGAGCAGUCUACUCUAUGGUGGAGUUUAACGGCAAACUUCUGGCCAGUAUCAACAGCACGGUGCGGCUGUACGAGUGGACAGCUGAGAAGGAGCUGAGGACGGAGUGCAAUCACUACAACAACAUCAUGGCGCUCUACCUGAAGACCAAGGGUGACUUCAUCCUGGUGGGUGACCUCAUGAGGUCCGUGCUGCUGCUGGCAUACAAACCCAUGGAGGGGAACUUCGAGGAAAUUGCCAGGGACUUCAACCCGAACUGGAUGAGUGCCAUUGAGAUUUUGGACGAUGAUAACUUCCUAGGGGCGGAAAAUGCCUUCAACCUCUUUGUGUGUCAGAAAGACAGUGCUGCAACCACAGAUGAGGAGCGUCAGCAUCUGCAGGAAGUUGGGGUUUUCCACCUCGGGGAGUUUGUCAACGUAUUCUGCCACGGCUCCCUGGUCUUGCAGAACUUGGGCGAGAGCUCCACCCCCACCCAGGGGUCCGUGUUGUUUGGAACCGUUAACGGCAUGAUUGGCUUGGUCACUUCUCUGUCAGAGGGUUGGUACAGUCUGCUGAUGGACCUGCAGAACCGGCUGAACAAAGUUAUUAAGAGCGUUGGCAAGAUUGAGCAUAGCUUUUGGAGGUCCUUCCACACAGAGCGGAAGACUGAGCAAGCCACCGGCUUUAUUGAUGGAGACCUGAUUGAGAGCUUCCUGGACCUGGGCCGAGCCAAAAUGCAGGAAGUGGUUAGCACCCUACAGAUCGAUGACGGCAGCGGGAUGAAGCGGGAGGCUACGGUAGACGAGGUCAUCAAGAUCGUGGAGGAACUGACCAGGAUUCAUUAGCCACGCCCCUGACGUUCAGGUGGCAGCCUGUAAAUAACUAUAAAUAGACUACAAUUAAGAAAGAUACAGUGGCCCGGCUUUCCCCAGACUGACCAGGCGUUCUCUCCCAUCGGCACAGCACCGUGAAGACUACAUGAUUGCCAGUGAGAUGGAGCAAAGGUUGUGUAAAGUGAGGCCAUAUUCUGUGAACACAGCAGAAUCUUUUGUGUCGUCAGUUUGGUGGGGAAAAAAAAGGGUGUGGAAAGGGUGGGGGCGUUGGCUGUGAGUGUGUGAUUCCUAGUGCUUUGUGUUUGUGCAGAAUUUUGUUUUAAUAAAGUUUACCUGCUGUA